AUGGAAAAGGGAGAAGGGAAUUUAGACGAAAUACAGGAAAUUGACAAUUCUUUUAAGGAGAUCCUUAACAAUAUUAAUGAAAUGAAGAAAUACCUUUCACAUCCUGAACCCUUAACUGCAUUAACAAAUAUGCAUCUUUGCUUAAAUCCACCUAAGGAAGAAAAUAAGGAUAGCGAUUUAGAAACAACAGACUUGGAACACAAAAUGAAAGACUACACAAAAAUGUUGUUCGACAAAAAACCUGUAGAAGAAAUCAAAUACCUCAGUAAACUAAACAGCGAACUCUACAAAUCCUUCAACGAAGUACAAACAAACACAAUAAAAUACCUAAAUAAUACAGUAAAAGAAAAAAAUGAAACUGAAAAAAAUCAGCCAUCUUACGAUACUAUAAUGAGUGAGACAUUAGACAAAUACAAAUGCUUUAAGUUACAAUAUGAAUUAGAUUGGAUAGAAAAUAUCAAAACAUUUAUCAAUUUUAUCAACCAAUUAAAAAAUACGACAGCAGAUUAUAAAACCACUUUUUUUCAAAAUCUAAAACACGAUAUAGUUUUGACAUUAAAUAAAAAUUUUGAAAGUAUGGAGAAUGGCUUAAAUGUUUAUGCAAAAGAUUUGGAGAAUAUUUACAUGGGUAUACACAAUAAAUUAAAAGUUAUUCAUGGUCUUCCCAAAAAUAAGCAUUUAUUGGAUAAGCUUAAUGAAGAAAUGAAAAAUGUGGAAGAAAACUACCAAAAUAGAGUUGAAGAAAUCCUUUAUCCUUUAAAAGAUAAUUAUAUCAAAAACUACAAUGUCCUAUUGGAAAAACUAAAAAUGGGCGGCGGCUUUGUUAACUCUUUUAAUGUAAAUAUUACUUUAUUGGAGGGAUUAGUUGAUGAUUUAGAGAGACAGAUGAACACAAUAGUAGAACUGACAGAAAUUGAGCUUAAUAAACAAAAUUUUACAGAAAACAAAGAUACAAUUUUAAGUGAAACCAUUGAUUUUAACGAAUAUUAUGAAUCUACCAUAAAGAAAUUAGAAAUUUUAUCGGCGGAGCACUUUGAUAAAAUUAAUAAUAUGGAAUCGAACGAUGAAAAGAUGCACGAAAAAUAUCAGAAAAUGUGGAAAUCAGACACAGAAAAAGUCUGCAGUCUGUACGCAAUUCAGUAUACAUUAAAAUCGGAAGGAAAAAAAUAA